GGCCCUGACUCCGACUUGACUGUGGAAGAAGCUUUGGAAUACUUUGCAGGUGAAGCAGCAGCCGCCACGCCUUUGGAUUUGAUGCCUCUGCACUUAGAGGCAGCUCUUCAGCACUGCUACCUGAAAUUGCUGGAAGAGUAUGUGGACUUGUACAGCGGGCGACUCGGCCGCAUCCGCUUGAACGACUACAUCCUCCCGUUGCGAGCGGACUACACACCAGAGCACGCGCGACCAUACAGCGUCCCCCGCAGCCAAGAAGAUGCGGCCCGCCGCGAGAUGCAGCGGCUACUUGAGCUCGAUGUGAUCGAGCAGAUCUACGGCCCGGAGUCUUCUGCGCCAGCUUUCUUUCUCGUGAAACCUGACGGAUCUCUUCGCUUAUUAGUCGACUUCCGCCAGUUGAACAAGUACCUGCGCAGAUCUCCGUAUUACGUACCGAAAAUCCGCGAAAUACUGCUGAGACUGGGCAACGCCAAGUGCAUGAGCACUCUGGAUGCGAACAUGGGCUACUUCGCGAGGCGGCUGGCGAGGCAAAGUCGCCCAGCCACGGCAUUCUGCCUGCCGUUUGGCAAAUUUCAGUUCAAGAGGCUCCCGAUGGGCAUUUCGACAGCCCCAGACGAGUAUCAAGCCUGCAUGGAACGAUCGUGUUCGAGCGCCUGCAGCAAUACGAUGUGACCCUCAACGCAAAGAAGUGUCACAUUCUUCGCGAUCGGGUUGACUACCUGGGCUUCACCCUAGCAGCGGACGGCAUCCAGCCCCAGACGAAGAAGGUACAAGCCAUCCAGCAGAUCGCCGAACCCCGCAACAAGAAGGAGUUGCGUCGCUUCCUGGGUAUGAUCGCGUACUACAGAGAAACGGUCCCGAACAAGUCGGCGUUGACAGCCCGACUCAACCGCCUGACGUCAAAGAAUGUCCCGUUCACCUGGACGCCAGAGGAUGCUGCAGCCUUUCUAGAGAUCAAGACGGCGCUGGCUCGCAAUAUAUGGCUAGCAUUUCCUGAUUACAGCCGUCCUUUUCACGUGUUCGCGGACGCGAGCGGCCAGCAGAUUAGGUGUCAUCCUCCAGGGCAAGCGGAUCAUCGCGUGCUUCUCUCGCUCAAUGACAGACACACAGCGGAAGUAUUCCACGAUGGAGUGGGAGUUGCUCUCCGUUGUGGAAAUACUAAAAGAAUAUCGCACAAUGUUGCUGGGAUUUCCUGUGGUGGUGCAUACGGAUCACAAGAACCUCCUGUUUCCACGCGAAAACCCUCUGCGAGUCAAGCGUUGGAAGCUGAUCCUCGAAGAGUAUCGCUUGCAGGUUGAGUACGUUCCAGGCAAGCAAAACGUGGGUGCUGACGCGUUCUCCCGACUCCGCUACGACUUCGUGAAGCAGAUCGCCGAAGAGGAACUUUUCGUAGUUGAAGAAGAAGAAGUAGCAAUUGAUGGCGUCGUCAUGACGAAGCACCAGCUUCAAGAUGCUACCUGCAAGAAAGUGAUUGCACGACUGGAGAAAAAUGAAGCGGAUCCUGAUUAUUCACUUCGUCCUGCGCUGGGCGUCGUGCUACUUCACCAUCGGAAACGUGUCGUAGUGCCGGAGACGCUGCGUCGUAGUAUCGUGGAGCUCUACCGCUGAAAAGCAGUAUCAGUCGAUGAGCACAUUCUGGUGGCCUGGUAUGCAGACAGCGGUGGAGAAGUACGUCAAAGAUUGCGUGGACUGCAAAAAGGCAAAGCUGCACGGUGGGAAGCAACAGUAUGGACACCUGCCACCAACUCCUGCAUCCAACACCGAUCGCCCAUUCGACGUCGUUCACGCGGAUUUGGUGGGGCCAUUUACUGGGGGCUUCUACUGCUUGACGGUGAUUGAACAGCAAUUUCGCUGGUUAGAGGUCCUGAUGCAGCGCGACAAGACCUCGGCAACUACGGCUUUGAGCUUUGAGCGCGUGUGGCUCUGCCGUUAUCCUCGCCCAAAACUGGUCGUGCAUGACCAAGGACCUGAAUUCACGGGAGACGAGUUCCAGCUGCUAUUGACCUCGAUGGCGAUCAAGGACAAACCGAUCACCGCAAAGAACCCGCAGGCCAACGCGAUCUGCGAGCGCGUGCACUUGGAAAUUAUGAACAUCAUUCGCGUACGCCCGGACCUGCAUGAUCAGCUGGAAGUCGCCCUCGACUAUGCUGCCUACGCCAUAAGGGCCAGCUAUCACUCCGUACUUCGAGCUUCCCCCGCUCAAUUGAUGUUUGGCGAGGACAUGAUCACGCGCGAGUUGCAUUUCGCCAACUGGAACUUCCUCUCAAAGCAGCGAUUCAUGGCCAUCAUGCAGGACAACGAUCGUGAAAAUAUGCGGCGACUGCAGCACUUCUAUCGUGUAGGUGACAACGUCAUGCUCCGUGUCCCUGCUCGUGAAAGGAAGAAAACCGACCCAGUCGCCAAGGGCCCGUUCGUCGUGAAGGCCGUCUACGACAACGGCAAUGUGCUCCUCGACACUGGAUCAAGCGAGUACCGAGUCAACAUCAGGCGAAUCUUCCCGUGUUGAUUUAACAGCACUGACAUCCUGGCAUGAGGGAGAAUGACAACUCCUUCUGCACCCUGUCGACACUAGCGCCUGUCCUCCCUGGCGUAAGGGUUGACUUCAUCUGAGUUUCGUUCUGGGUUCGUUUGAACCCUUGCUUUGGGUACACACGGUGCCUUCAAGGCGCUACAUGAGUAGUCUAGCUGCUAGGAGAUGCCAGGAGUAACUUCAUUCAAUCAAUCAGUUCUCAAUUCGACUCACAGGACUCAAGCAGCUUGGCACAGCUGCUUGAGGCUGGACUGCAGCAGCGUCAGCGUUCGCGACGUAGGCUCCGUCGGCUCAGGCAUUUUGCGUCUGGAACGGGCGACGAACUUCUCGGGCGUCAACCGGAGCGCAUACAUGACCACCAUUGUGGCCGAGAACACGCCGUGGAACCAGACGCCGUUGGUGGUGACGUACGAGGCGUAGGACUGCUCGGCUGGCGGCUUCCCGGACGCGACGUUGCCCAGAGUGUAGACGAACCCGGACAGCCAGCCCACGAGGAUGCUCAAGCCUGCGUUGCGCAGCACUCGGAUGAGCGUCAAGCCCGCGGUGCAGCCAUGUUGGCGCUGACGGUCAGAGAGCAAUACCGACGACAUGGAGCGGCUCAGCGAGAGCGUCUUCGUCAACAUUGAGCUGAUGAACUGGAGACUGCAGACUGCGCACUGGGUCAGGUGACGAAAUGGACGCAGGUCAAUGGGCAAUGUCAAGUUUAACGGAUGCCAAAGCUGAAGCUGUCUGGACGGAGAGAUUAGAUCACACCGCAACGCAUCGCAAUUCGCCGCAACUUGACCCCCCAAUAGACUGUGGGGCAAAUAAGCCAAGUACCUAAAAAAGCAUCAGCAAGUUGAAGUAAAACCUCCAUAAAUGAAUAUUCGACUAAGCCCUCGGAAACGUAUAUAUCAGAUAAUCUCAACCCGCCUCACUAUUGGCCAAAAGUCUGCUCUAAACGCGACACCAUUGGACAACGCGCUUAACCUCCAAAAAUAUCCAUCUGAAAAAAGUAGCCAUCUCCACCCAAGUCAUUUGUAAUUCGAGCAUCAAAUCGAUCAAUGCGACCGUCCCGCAAGCUGCUGCGCGUGCUGACGCUGCUGAGCUUCGGCUGCGGCGUGGCGCUGCUGGGCCUGGCGCUGCACCUGGUGCUGGCCACGAGCUUCGGCGCCAGCGCGGCGGCGCUCGCGGCGCUGGGCGGCUGCGUGGUGCUGCUCUCGGCGCUGGGCUUCGUCGGCGCCGGGCGCGACAAGAGCCGCCUGCUGCUCGUCUACUUCUUCGUGGACUUCCUGCUGGUCACGGGGCUCUUCGUGGCCUGCUACGCCGCCUUCUUCCUGCAGGACGCGCUCGAGUCGUGGGUCAAGCACCACUGGACGGCGCGCGUGCUGGCGGCGCUCCGGGCCGAGGCCUGCUGCGCCUCGUACAGCGACGCGGUGCAGUACCUGGAGCACCGCGUGGCCGUGGUGGGCGCCGUGGGCGUCACGUGCAUGCUGCUGGUGCUCGCCUCCAUGUACUGCGUCGUGCGCAUCGUCACGGUGCCGAUUGUCAUGCGCAGCAUGUUGUCGGUCACGAACGCCGCCUUCUCGCUGCUGGGCACGGGGCUCUUCAUCUUCGGGCUCUCGGUCAAGGUGCACGACGAGAUGACGUCCGGCCAGCGGUGGAUCGGUACGUGCUGGCAACGGUAUUGGUGUAGGGAGUUUAGGGUGCUGAUUGAAAGUGUGGGGUACUGUUUGUAUGUGCAGCGAUCAUCUUCAUCGUUGUCGGCACGCUGAUGGUCGCGCUGUCGGUGCUGGGCAUCAUCGGAUCAAGAGCCAAGAGCCGGUCGCUGCUCCUCAUUGUACGUCGAGAGCUGGUGGCAGGUUGAGGGUGAAUUGGUGCUGACGUUGAAGUUGUUGGGUUUGUUUCGGGCAGUACAUCAUCGGUCUCGGCGGCUGCCUCGUUGCACUCCUGGUGUGCUCAGUGAGCGCCUUCUCGUUCUCGGACCACCUGGCGUCGACGUACAAUUCGCACACGAGCUCUACGUUGGCCUGUGAUAUCGGCCUCACAGGCUGCACCAACUGCACCGACGUAACUUCUGAGAUGAUCCCGUGCGAGGGCGUCAUGCAGACCUCCGACAACCUCUGGGUGUCGUGCAAUGCCACUUCGUCCAGCGGUUCGAACGCCACAUCAGACAGCGGCUGCAUUGAAGACAUGACGCUGCUGAACGCCGAAGCCGACCAGGGCUACGAACAAAACGACGUACGUUGCGGUAUCCAUCACGUAGUUGGCAUGUCAAAAUGACUAACCUUUGUUUC